UGAUGAUUGAUGCAGGAACCCGGGAAUGGACCAAAGUCCCCGGCGGGGCCCGGCCGGAAACCGGGACGAGGAAGAGGAUGGGGCGGGCGGAGGAUGUGGCGAGGAGGAGGAGGAGGAGGAAGGAGUGCCCACCUCGUUCCCGAGGUGUGCGUGUUAUCUUCUUGAAGAGCUGGAAAAGCCUGGGGACCUAGAGGAGCUUGUGGAGUUAUUGGAGGAGGAGGAGAACGAAGCCAUGGGGAGCGGGGCUAGUGCCGAGGACAAGGAGAUGGCCAAGAGGUCCAAGGAGCUGGAGAAGAAGCUCCAGGAGGAUGCAGAUAAGGAGGCCAAGACGGUCAAGCUGCUGCUGCUUGGGGCUGGAGAGUCAGGGAAGAGCACCAUCGUGAAGCAGAUGAAGAUCAUCCACCAGGACGGUUACACGGAGGAGGAGUGCAUGGAGUUCAAGUCCAUCAUCUACGGGAACAUCCUCCAGUCCAUCUUGGCCAUCAUCCGCGCCAUGUCCACGCUGGGCAUCGACUAUGCCGAGUCCUCCUGCGCGGAUGAAGGCCGGCUGCUCUUCAACCUGGCUGACUCCAUCGAGGAGGGCACGAUGCCCCCCGAGCUGGUUGCCUGCAUCAAGAAGCUGUGGAAGGAUGGGGGGGUUCAGGCGUGCUUUGACCGCGCUGCCGAGUAUCAGCUCAACGACUCAGCUGCAUAUUACCUGAACCAGCUGGACAGGAUCACAGCCCCCAACUACCUCCCCAACGAGCAGGAUGUGUUGCGAUCCCGAGUGAAGACCACAGGGAUCAUCGAGACCAAGUUCUCUGUCAAAGACCUGAAUUUCAGGAUGUUCGACGUGGGAGGGCAGCGCUCAGAGCGGAAGAAGUGGAUCCACUGCUUCGAGGGGGUGACCUGCAUCAUCUUCUGCGGGGCCCUGAGCGCCUAUGACAUGGUGCUGGUGGAGGACGACGAAGUGAACCGGAUGCAUGAAUCCCUGCACCUAUUCAACAGUAUAUGCAACCACAAGUUCUUUGCUGCCACCUCCAUCAUCCUCUUCCUCAACAAGAAGGACCUUUUUGAGGAAAAAAUCAAGAAAGUCCAUCUUAGUAUCUGCUUUCCAGAGUAUGACGGUCCAAACACAUUUGAGGAUGCAGGGAAUUACAUCAAGACCCAGUUCCUGGAUCUCAACAUGCGGAAGGACGUGAAGGAGAUCUACAGCCACAUGACCUGUGCCACAGACACACAGAACGUCAAGUUUGUCUUCGAUGCCGUCACAGACGUGAUCAUCAAAGAGAACCUCAAGGACUGUGGCCUCUUCUGAGCACCAGCAGAAGAAGAAAACAUUCCCAUCUCACCGUUCUGCUGAGCAGAGCCAAAGGAAGAACCAACCCUCACACACGUCACUCGCUCCCACUUUUUCUAUGACCUGCCCAAAUCUGCCUCCUUCCAAACCCAAACCUGGAAGGGGCUGAAGCUCAACUUCCUGCUCCCUUUCAUGGCCAUUUCCUCUUUUUUCUCCCAAGGAAGAACCCCUGUUCUCAGCAUUUUACAGGAGGUUAGACACCAGAGAGCACAGCAGGAAUGGGGAUAUUGAGGGAAUUUGGGAGGUUAGGAUAGACAUGGCCCCCUUGCCCAUCCCUCUGCAGCCCAUUCCUGUCCUUGAUCGAAGCUGGAUUAAUCCAGGAUGGAAUUUCUGGGGAAGGUGGGCUGUGUUAUCCCCAAGUCGCUCCUGGGAACCAACCUCAGUUCCUCAGAGUUUCCUGGGAACCAACCUCAGCCCUUGGCAGGACAAAUCAGGGGUUUGUGGGGUUGUUUUGGGCCCUAAAUGGAGGGAAUUUCUCAGGCAGGAGGGGCUGGGGAAGAGAAUCCCAACUCCAGCUCAGCAAUGGGCUGGAUAAAGAGGAAAUGGUUACUUGAAAGAUGUUCUGCUACUUAGAGCUGCAUUUGCUCUGUUUGUAAAUAAUCCAUAGAUGAGCCCUGUAUCCAUCCUCUCCCUGUUUCCUGCAGAGAUCUCCCAUCCAGCUUCAUUUAACUGUAGGAAAACACAAUAAAGGAAUAUGCAUGA